AUGGAACGGGACACCACGGAAAUGUGGACGACCGACAACACCGGACCGCCAGGACAGGAAAUAACGGAACGGAGACAACGACCGGACCGAGACAGACCGGAAGACAGAGGAGGAGGAGGGGAGAAGAAUGGGAAACAGAAUGGGAGACAGACUGAAGGUGGAAAUAAGGAAUGGACUGAAGGAAAUGGAGACAGGAGGAAGAGGAAUGGACUGUGGAGAUGGAAGGACUGUGGAAGGAAGGAUGGACCGGAGGGACAGGGGGAAAUAAUGGGAAUGGAGACAGAGACAGGAGGGGGAAGGGAAUGGAAUGGGGAUAGACUGGAGGGUGGAAAUAAUGGACCAGGUGGAACAGGAAGGUGGAAGAAAUGGACUGGAAGGCAGAAGGAAACAGACAUGGAGGGACAAGGGAAUGGACGGUGGACAUGGAGGGUGGAGGAAAUCAGAGGACAGGGAAAUAAUGGGAAACAGGGACCAGGACGAGGGAAGGUAGGAAAUAAGUGGGAAGGGAUCCGAGACAGAUCCAUGACAAGGACCGUGGGAAAGGAAUGGGACAGCAGGAGGGGCAGGGGACCGGAUGGAGACCAGGAGGGAAGAAUGGAAUGGACCCAGGAGGCCAGGCCAGGGGAACGGGAAACAGGGACAGGAGGGCCAGGAACACCGGAAACAUCGGAAAGGACCGUGAGACAGACCGACCACAGAAACCGAAAUACAUGCGGUCAGGCUUGGUGGAUACCGAAACGGACAGGACCGGAGACGGACCGGAGGAAAUACUGCCAGGACGAGGCCAGGCACGGCAGGUGGAUAACGGACCGGAAGGAACGAACGAAGGCCAGGCAGGAAAUAACGGAGACGGACCGAGACACGACGGCCCAGGACCGGUGGACAGACCAGGCAGGAAAUACGCGGACCGGAGACAGACCAGGAAAACAACGGAAACACGACCGGAAGGAAAGGCCAGGAACGGACCGGAGACGGCUGGAGAAUAACGGAAACCCAGGACCGUGGAGAUCAGACCUGGCCGGCAAACCAACGGACCGUGGAGACAGACGGGGUGGAACACGAACGGACCGUGAGACAGACCAGGAAAAUAACGGAAACCGUGAGACGACAGACCGGCAAGGAAGGAAACCCAUGACCGAAAAUAACGGAAACGAGACAGACCAGGAAGAAGGAACACGAAAGACAGACCAGGAAAAGGAACACGGACCGUGGAGACAGACCAGGAGGCACAACGGACCGUGGAGACAGACCAGGAAGGAACACGCAUGA